AUGUCCAAGUUCUGUUCAGUGCCCGAGGCCAUAGAGGCAAUUAAGAAUGGGGAGUUUUUGGUUGUGAUGGACGACGAGAGCCGUGAGAACGAAGGUGACUUGAUCAUAGCCGCUGAGAAAAUCACUCAGCAGAAGAUGGCUUUCUUGGUCCGUCAUUCGUCUGGUUACGUGUGUGUGCCACUUUCAACCGAAAGAGCAGACCAGUUGGACUUGCAACCGAUGUUGAAAGACAGAACCGAUAGACAUGGAACAGCAUACACGGUUACCUGUGACUUUGCAGAUGGAACUACCACGGGAAUUUCCGCUCACGACAGAGCCUUGACGGCGAACCUGUUGGCCAAUGCCAAAUCUAAGCCGGAUGACUUUAUUAGACCAGGACACAUAUUGCCAUUGAGAGCCGUGCCUGGACUUCUCAAAAAGAGAAGAGGCCACACCGAAGCAUCUGUGCACUUGUGUGAGUUGGCCGGCUUGCAGCCAGCAGCUGUGAUCUGCGAGCUUGUCAGAGACGAAGAUGGUUUGAUGAUGAGAUUGGACGACUGUCAAGCCUUCUGCAAGGAGCAUGACAUCAAACUAGUGACCAUCGAGCAGAUUGUCCAGUAUCUCGAUGCCAACAACCUCUAG